AAAAUCUAAACCAGAAAUAUCAGCUUUAUUACCUACAGUUGUGUUACUGAUGAAGACCCAUUUGUUACCAGAAUCAAGAAGAUAAAGAAAAAGUUGGUUUGAGAAGCUGUUGUUUCUAUGGCAACAAGAUGGCAGCAUGAAAUUUCAUCAACGUCUUGUAUGUAUUGCAGCUACAAGUUUAAUUGUUGUCGUUUACCUGAUAUUCCUUGCAAACGUUCACCUUGUAAAUCUCACAGAUUCAGAACAAGUAAAAGUCAGUCUCCGUGAAUCACCUCUUCAUCUAACUAAUUAUGAUUGGCAAGAACCAGACCAACAGCAGUGUCGUGUGCUGGACAACCUCAAGUCAUUUUCCAACUUGACAUCUUUGUAUCUCCGUGAUAAAGCUAAAUAUGAUACACUUAGCAAUGGACAGUAUGAACUGCCAACAAAAUCUUAUGAUCCCGACGACAUUCCAGAAAAAUUAAAUGUUAUUUUGAUUCCACAUUCUCACAAUGAUGCUGGUUGGCUGCGGACUUUAGAAGAAUACUAUGUUUACACGACAAAGAAGAUUCUAAAUAAUAUGGUGAUUAAAUUAAAACAAUAUCCAAAUAUGACUUUUGUAUGGGCGGAGACCGUGUUUCUAAGUAUGUGGUGGAAUGAACUAGAAGAUGAUACCAAAGUUCAUGUUCGGAACUUAGUGAAGCGUGGACAGUUAGAGAUCGUGUUAGGGGGCUGGGUAAUGCCAGACGAGGCCUCUACUCAUUAUGUUUCAGUGAUCGAUCAACUGAUGGAAGGACAUUUAUGGUUAUAUGAAAACUUACAUGUAAAACCAAAGAACAGCUGGUCAAUAGAUCCAUUUGGACAUUCUGGGACGGUACCAUAUAUUCUUAAGAAAUCAGGCAUAGAUAAUAUGGUCAUACAAAGAAUUCAUCAAGCAACCAAAAGUGCCCUUGCAUCAGUUAAAAGUUUGGAGUAUAAGUGGCAUCAGCCAUGGGAUACGUCAGGAAAAUAUGAUAUUUUAUGUCAUGUAAUGCCGUACAUGUUAUAUAGUAUACAAUAUACUUGUGGACCUGAUCCGUAUGUUUGUUUUCAAUUUGAUUUCCGUCAUUCUGAUAAUCCUGAGAAAAAGGCCUUCGCCAAAAGGAAAAUAACAGGUGCCAAUAUUGAUAAAAUGGCCAAUUUCUUAUACCAGCAAUUCCGUAAGAAAUCCAGCUUGUAUGAGUAUAAUACAAUUCUUGUGCCAAUUGGGGAUGAUUUUAGAUAUGAUUCUUUACACGAAUGGGAUGAACAAUAUAAUAACUACCAACAGUUAAUGAGGUAUUUAAAUUCUAGAAAAGAUUGGAACAUCAAUGUACAGUUUGGAACCGUUGCCGAUUAUUUUUCACUUCUGAAAAGAGAAAGUAGGAAAAAGAGUUUUCCAACAUUAGCAGGAGAUUUUUUUCCGUACUCUGAUCAAAAUUAUCUUUAUUGGACUGGAUUUUACACUACAAGGCCAUUUGAUAAACGCUUCUCACGUGAAGUUGAAUCAAAUUUGAGAACAGCUGAUAUUCUCAAUACCCUUGCAUUUGGUUAUUGUAACAAAUGGAAUGUAAAGUUUGCACACUCUCAUGAAACAGCUUCACUAUUACAACAGGCCAGACGACACUUAGGUCUAUUUUUACAUCAUGAUGCAAUAACAGGGACAUCAAAAGAUUAUGUUAUGGAAAAUUAUGAAAGCAAACUUUUAGAAGCUUAUAACGACACCCAAAAAGUUAUGAGUAUGGCUCUGCAGACUUUAUUGACCAAAGGAAAAUUCACAUCUCCCUUAAUUUUAUCACCAGUUCUUGUUCGACAAAAGUUUAACGUCAGAACAAGUCAACGAACCAUAUCAAUUUCUGAUUCAGGAACCACCAUAGUUGUGUUCAAUCCUUUACCUAAAAAUAGAAAUAUGUUAAUUUCUGUAAUAGUUAACAAUGAUGAUUUACAAGUUUUGGAUAAAAAUAUGAAAAUAAUGUCAUAUCAACUAAAUCCAGUAUGGAUUUCGAAAGUUUCUGUUUCUAGAUCAAAGUUUGAAAUAACAUUUUUGGUAGAGUUACCUCCACUUGGAAUACACACAUUCUUAUUGAGGAAAGGUGAUUGUAAGGAAAUGUAUCCUUCUUUACUGAGUGUUCACAAUUCAAUGGAGUUAGACGUAGCACCAAAUUUAAAGUUUGCUCAGAAUCGUCCAGUAUUCCAACCAAAACAAAGUCAGAUAUUACAAAUUGAAAAUGACUUUAUUUUGGGAGAGUUUGACCCUGUUACAGGGCUCUUACAGAAAGUACUAGACAAAAGAACAGGAAAUGUCACAAAUAUCCAAAUACAAUUUAUGUAUUACACUUCAAGAGGUAGCGGUGCAUAUAUAUUUUUUCCAAAAGGGGAGGCAGAUCCGUUACCUAAUGUCUGGGGUCAACCUGUUGUACGAGUAACAGAAGGGCCCCUUAUGUCAAAGAUUGAAGUUUUACAUCCAAUAAUUCAUCAUACAGUUAUUCUCUACAAAGUGCCAACAGAACAAGGCCAAAACUUUCACAUACAGAAUGUAGUAGAUAUGCAUGCAUCCAAAACAAAAGAUUGGGAAAUUAUAAUGAGAUUGCAUACUGACGUUAUGAAUGAAAAUCUCCAGUAUUAUAGUGAUCAAAAUGGGUACCAGUUGAUAAAACGCAGAACUAAACCAGAAAUUGGGAUAGCAGCUAACUAUUUCCCUCUGACCACUAUGAGUAUUAUUGAAGAUUCUACCAAACGUGUAACUGUCCAUGCAGGACAAGCUCAUGGUGUGGCAAGUUUAAAACAAGGAGAAUUAGAAAUCAUGUUAGAUAGACAGUUAAUGUAUGACGAUAAUAAAGGACUCGGACAGGGGAUCACAGACAACAAACCAACACUCAGUGAAUUCAUUUUACAGAUAGAAUAUAGAGACAACACAGAGCCUGAACCAAUGACAACAUCUUCAUCAUUGUCAGCCAUGAUCAUUAAUGAAGCACUUCAGCAACCACCUGUAGUGUUCUACACAACAAUUAACUCUGAGGUCAUCAGACCAAGCUUUGAUGUGGUGAGUCAAUCCUUACCCUGUGAUAUCUCAUUGGUCAGUUUGAAAAACUUGGUGAACUCUGACCUUGAUUAUGAUGGGACAAGUUUAAUUUUACAUCGUAGAGGAUAUAAAUGUGGAUUUAAUGCCAAUUAUCUUCAGUGUCCUUUAAGUAAGGAUGUAACUUUGUCUUCCAUUUUACCAGACUUGACAAUUAGUGAUGCAAGAGAGACAACUCUAACACAUCUGUACAACAGAAGUAAAGCUCUGGUAGUAAAAGAUCCUUUGAACAUUCCUGUAAUGGAACUAGCAACCUAUAAAAUCAAUCUGUGAUUCUUUGUUAGAUUUAAUUUAUGUUCUAUUUCAAGUCUUAAUAUUUUCUAAUAUUUCAAACAUCUGGGAAAAAGGAGGCUAUAAAAGUUAAACCUUUUGUUUCAUGUCCAAAUAUUUUCUAAUAUCUCACACACCUGAGAAAAUAUAUGAUUGAAAAGUUAAACCUCUACGGUAUUUUGAAGUUUAUCAGAAAUCUUUGAAUCUGUAUUCUCUUAGGGAUUUAUAGCUUCCGUCUGGUCUACAAUGAUAUGUUUGAUCACGUAUUCUGAUAUAAUUGAAUUACACAACUUUAUUAUUUUCUCAUGUGGAACUUUAGUACAUGCACUUGUUGCUAAAGUGUGUUGUUAAUUAGGGAAAUUAUGAUUGAUAUCUUUUUGAAGGUGAUAAAAAACGGACAUUUCAAAUGUGAAAUCUCAGACAUUACAUACUUUUUUGGAAAACUCAUGUAAAAAAAAAUCAUAUUAGGACGGUUUAUAUAAGGACAAAUUCAGUACACUAUUUGAGUAUGUUGUGAAAAUUGUGUGAUUUUUGUACACAUUUGUGUUUAAACAGGAAACACUUGGUUUGUGAUGUAUAUUUAAUAUUGGUAAUGACAAAUUAUGGUGCUUCCAUUUGUUAAUUCCUAUGUCAUUUCACAGCCUGUGUAUAGAACUGAUAAAUUUUGAGGAAAAAAUAUUAAAAAAGGGUCUAAAGUUUCUUAAUUACAAUUUUUGAAGUGAAGGCACAGCAGUCUACUUUAUAGGUCUAAUAUUCUAAGUUUUGAUACAGGGUGGAUAAAGGUAUUGAAUCCAUAUAAAGAUUUAUUUAAGAUUAUGAUCAAAGGUACUAUACAAUGAUAAACUUCAGCAAAGAUUGAGAAUUUUUCAGUUUUUUGGACCGUAUAUAACAUGUAGGUCACAGCUGUUAUAUUAUUUUGUUAGGAAUUUUUUUUAUUGACUUUAAGACUUAAGUUGAAGAUCAAACUUUGACCUAUAAUAGUUAACUUUAACAAAGUGUGACUUGGAAAGAGAGUUGUUUCAUGACCACUCAUACCACAUCUUUUUAUAUCUAUGAUAUGAUCAAUUCCAAGGAUCAUUGUAGUUAUAUGUGAAAUAAACACUUAAUAAAUACCUUUGUGAUGGAAGAAAUCUGUCAGAAAGCCAUGUUGAAUCAUAUAAUAAUAGGAUUCUCUAGGUAAUUGUUAAAUUUUAAGAGUUACAGCACCCUAUCUGAAUUAUAUCUAACUAUAAAAAGAAAUAUCUAUAAAUUUAAUCAACAUCAAGUGGCGAUGAUUCAGUUAAAAUCAGAAUUUAUCAAGUAUGGUUAAAGGUAGAUAACUCAGUUUUAUAUCAGAUUUUACAAAGUAUGGGAAAAGGGAGAUAAGUCAGAUUUAUUCUUGGAUUAAAGUUUUGUAGAAUAAAUUUUUCCUACAUUUAUUUAAUUUUUAAUGCAGAACUGAUCUUUCUUUCAAUGAAGUUUAUUAUUUUUAUGUUGAUGUUUUUAUUAAUGAGAGAAUAGAAAUAGGUUUUAUUUACUAUUUUUAGCUUCUGUAUGUGCAAUAAAAGGUGCUAUAAACAGAAGCUGUGAAAUGAACGAGAACAUUCCAUGUAUGUUAUUAACAGAUGUAUUAUAUUAUAUUGUUUCUUUCAUUUUUAUGUGAGUUAUUUCCCUUCGUUGUCAUUGCAAUUAUUUGCAUCAUGAUUAUUUUUUUUGUUGUCAUUUUUUUGUAUGAUUAUUUUAUGUCGAUAUAUUUGUUAAUAUAAUUCAAAAUAGAUUAUUGGUUACCGGUAAAGAGUCAAAAUGACUUGAUGGAGAAAAUAAAACUGUUUAUUAGAUAAAUAUAAGAAUCCCAUAAGAUACUUUGAAACUCCAAAUAUUUUCUUCGCAAUUAUUUUUAGAAAUCUGUAACAGUAUUAGCAAAAAUGUGUGCUUGUUUGAUGGUAAGGGGACAUUUUUUCAUGUACCCCCUUUUUCUGAUACAAUAUACCUUUUGAUUUUUGAGGACACCCUUGCAAUGUUCUAUUUUCAUACAAUGACAUAUACAUUAUGUAUAGAUUAUGGCAUAAUAUGUUUAAUGUAACAUGGAUUUUUUUUAUACAUUGAAUAGCUUUACAAUUGUAUCUACGCAACAUUUUUUUAUAGGUUUUUAAGCCAUAACUAACAAUACAUAAACUCAUGUCUCAUUGGUUUCUUUGAUCAGCUGGUUGUAAUGUACAUUUCCUUUGCGUUUUAUCAUUUACAAUUACACAUUUUAUAGGAAAAAAAUCAAACAGAAGACUUAACACAGGUUAUUUAUAGAUUAAAAACGACUAAUAGUUAAAGUUUUGAUCACACUACAUGAACUUAUUGUUCUGAAAUCAUAAUUGAUAUUUUUUAUGAAAGAAAUAAUAUUUGUCAAGGGUAUGUUGGGACUACAUCAUGCAAUUAAUAAUUUCACAGCAUUAUAUAUAUGAUAAUAUAUAAAUAUUUACAUAUGGGAAUAUAAUUGUAUAGUUUACGUAAGAACUCAUGAAGUAAGACUAUAUAUAUCUAAAACUUUAUUAUCUGGGUUAUCUGGGUUUAAAGUAAUCAUAAUUUUUUUAGUAGGAAUAAAUGGUUUUAUAUUUUUACACCUUUCAAUGGCCAAAUCAAUAUGAUAUAUGCAAAAACAGUUAAUAAGUUGAUGUGCAAUGUCAUAUUAUUACUCAUUUUUUUACCACAAAAAAGGAAUUUAUACGUUUAGAAUCACAGUUGUAAUUUUCAGAUCAUAUAAAUAUCUCGAAUUUUUAAUUAAAUGAAUAAUCCUGUAUUUUGAAGUGAACAAUCUAGUUUUAUAAUGAAUAAUCUCUUAUUUUCAAAUUAGUCUCUAAUUCUCAAAAUACAUAAUCUCUAAUUCUUAAAGUACAUAAUCUCUAAUUCUCAAAAUACAUAAUCUCUAAUUCUCAAAAUACAUAAUCUAAUUCUCAAAAUACAUAAUCUCUAAUUCUCAAAAUACAUAAUCUCUAAUUCUCAAAAUAAAUAAUCUCUUAUUCUCAAAUAAAUAAUCUCUUAUUUUCAUGACACAAUGUAGGAGUACCUGUAAUUACAGUACCAUUCUCAUGCAAACACACAUUUUACCCUUGGGAAUACAUUAAUCUUUUAUGUAAACAAACCAUCAAGUAAGACUAUCUAUAUCUAUAUCUAUAUAUCUGGGCUUUAAAUAAAUAAUAUAUUUUUUAAGUAGACUUAAAAUGGUUUCAUGCUUUUUUAUCCUUCAUGGUCAACAAAUAUCUCUAUGGACACAGUGAAAACCAAUAUUCAGCAAGUAAUUUUAUAGUGAGUCCUUUUCAGGGAUCAGAUUUAAGCAACUUUUAUAAAGUUUUAUCAUGAAAUUGCAACACACAGUACAUGUAUAUGCUCAAUACAGAUCUUCAAAUUGUCUUUUUGGAAUACCAGUCCGAUAAACACCUCUUUAUUGUUUAUUGUUGAAUAUCAACAAAUGGAAGUGUUUAAUGACCUUGACUGGCUAUACAGCCCUCGCACAGUCAGUGUUGAAUAUCUUUUGUUGACCAAUCGAUUUAUAGAGAAUUUUUUGUAUUCUGGGGUUAUACCUGUGGUUUUCAAAGUACAUGCUUAACUAUUCACUGUCAUAGUGUUUGGUCUCUAGAAGAUAUUAGAUGUCCCUUUUGCCAUUCAAACCAUAUCUUAUUUAUCAUAAUUAUAGUGAACAUUACAUCUCAGGUCUGCAUGAGGUCAUAAUCAUAACUUCUAGAUGUUAUCCUGUACCCAUCCUAUAUUAAAGUAGACAAUUACAUUAAGUUCCUUUCAACAUAAAACUUGCACAUAGAAAUCAUUAAGAUCAAUGAGUUAGUGUAAAGUUAGAAACAAUUGUAUAGGAACAGGUUUCACAAAUCACAAGAAUGAAAUCUUGCAUUUUAGAUGUUGCAAGUAUUAUUUCUAUAUAAACAGCAUUUUCUGAAAUCGCAGAAACUAAUCUUACGAAUUUGUCUAUGUUCCACAAUUUCGAUAAUAAGUGCAUACACAAACUUCUGACUUUCAAUAAGCUAUCUUUUCUCCUAUUUGUCUGAGAUUUAAUGUCUUUUUUCAAUAGGAAAUGAAAAAUAUUGAUGAUGAAUUAUUUAUUAAAUGUAUUUUUCUUCAUUGUAUAUAGAAAAAAUAAUAAGUUUAUUAUAGACAUAAUAUUACAGUUACAGAUAAUUAUGACAAUGUUACUUGUAUUGACCCUGAUUGCACCUCAACUAUUUCAUUGCAAAACAAAAUAAUCUGUUUUUGAUUCAUGAGUUCACAAUCAUCAAAAAACUAACAGAUUUUGUUGUUAACAUUGUCGUUUUGCCUAGACAUCAAAUGUGAUUCUUGUAUUGUCAUCGAUUUGAAAGUAGAAGACUAGAGUCUAAAUGUAUUUUUAAUUAUCUCAUGUUCCCACAUUUUCCUGUGUCCACACUUUAUCUAAAGCUCCCAAAACUUCAAAAUUACUGAUGUUUAUAUAAAAAAAAUGACCUGAUAUUUUCAUCUACUAAUUAUUGCUGUAAAAUCGCUGAAAGGAUAGUCUGCUUUUAAUCAACAGACAUGAAAACCAUAAUUAGGUAUUUAAUCAACAAUAAUGGAGGGGUCCAAAUGCAGGUUGUUUUUUUUUUUUUUUUUUUAUACUGUAGACCACUUUCUCUAUUUUUAAUUUAUUUUAUCUAAUAUUCUUUUUUUAUAUAUAUAUAUAUUAGCCCCCCAUUAUUCUCGAUUCUUGAUUUUCUUGUGGUUAUUCAUAAAUCACAUUUUGCCAGUCAUUAUUCUGUAUUCUGUAAUCCCCAUCCAUACCCUCGUAACUUAUAUAUGACUCUUGUCAACUGAGAAUGUUUACUUCCAAUACUAAGGCCAUAAAUGAGUUCAUCAUAUAUUGAUGACUAUAAUUGAUAUACCUUCAAAGGUUAUUAUUUUGUAACACUUUGUAGGUGACACUUAAAUUUGUUGUCUGGUUGCUAUGGCAACCAAAUCAUUAGUAUUAUUACUUUGGGAUUUUGUGUAAAUAUUCAUCAUGGUUUUCAUUGUGCAGUGUUUAUAGCUUCAGGGGUGAAAAUGGUUCUAUAUUUAUAAUAAACUUAAGUAUCAUUAUA